UCUUGUAAAUCUUGUCCGAAGAUCUAUGGUUGUGUGUUCAGUGUUGACCUUCAUUCAUUUUCUUUGCAAGUACGUAAUGGCUAACACGAAGGAACGCACCUUCAUCAUGAUUAAACCCGAUGGAGUCCAACGUGGACUCGUCGGGAAAAUCAUUCAACGUUUCGAGGAAAAGGGCUAUAAACUCGUAGCCCUUAAGAUGGUUUGGCCUACCGAAGAACUUUUAAAGAAUCAUUAUUCGGAUCUAUCCAGCAAACCUUUCUUUCCUGGUCUUGUAAAAUAUAUGAGUUCUGGACCAGUUGUACCUAUGGUAUGGGAAGGCUUAAACGCUGUAAAAACUGGACGAACAAUGCUUGGAGAGACAGAUCCAAAGAAUUCUGCUCCAGGUACGAUUCGUGGUGACUUUUGUCUUCAGGUCGGUCGCAAUAUAAUUCAUGGUUCUGAUUCGGUCGAAUCCGCGGACAAAGAAAUAAAGUUAUGGUUUGGAAACAAAGAAAAGGAUAAUGUAGUAGAUUGGGCAUCGUGGGCUGAAAAAUGGAUCUACGAAUAAACAGCCAAAAGGUAACAUUUUAUUACACACUGCCGUUGUUGAAACUAUAUCCUGCAAUUCUAUAAAAAAGUUUCUAACCUGAAACAAAGUGGAAUAUAUGUCUUGUAUAAUAUACAAGUACUUCUGAUUACUCAGAAGCCUUAUAAGCAAUAAUUAUUUGAUGUCUAUAAAUCAUUUAUCAAUCCAUAUUAAUUAUUAUUAACAAAGAAGAUAAGAAAACAAUUAGAUAUAAUUGUGGUAAAUAACAGUAAAUAUAGACAAUAGAAACUCAUAUUUUAAAAAAUGAAUUUGAUUACAAAAAAUACUUUUCUGUAUUGACAAUACUCUUAUAUGUUUAUAUGUGUAUGUAUUUACCAUACCGAAAUAAUAAAGAAAAUAUACAAGAAA